AUGCCCCUGCCCUGCCCCUUGACUCUCUUCCGUUGCCCCUCUUCCCCUUUCCCUCCGUCCCUCCUCUCCCCCCGCUUCCCCCUUGCCUCUCCCCGCGCUUCCCCCCUUGCCUCUCCCCGCGCUUCCCCCCGUGCCUCCCCCCUUGCCUCUCCCCGCGCUUCCCCCCGUGCAUCUCCCCGUCCUUCCCCUGCUUCGCCAUCCCUGCCCCAGGUGAUGCGGCGGCGUCCUGACCUCCGAUUGGUCAUCUCAUCUGCCACGCUAGCAGCUGAUGACGUGGCAGCCUUCUUUGACACCAGCCACGAGAAGCUCAAGGUUAUGCCAGGAGGCCCUGACUCCCUUCCCAGCCGCAAGCCAGCAAUCAUAUCAGUGGAGGGGCGGAGCCACCCCGUGCAGCUGCUGUACCUUGAAGAGCCCACCUCUGACUACCUGCAGACAGCUCUUGAUACCGUGCUCGCCAUUCACUGCCAGGUGAGGCCACCUCCCUGCAUCUCUCUGCCUCUCCGCAAGCCAGCAAUCAUAUCCGUGGAGGGGCACAGUCACCCCGUGCAGCUGCUGUACCUAGAAGAACCCACCUCCGACUACCUGCAGACUGCACUCGAUACGGUGCUCGCCAUUCACUGCCAGGUGAGCCACUUUUUCCUCGGCACCUCUCUUCUCUUCUCAUCACCCCGUGCACCUGCUGUACCUUGA